GGUUCGCAACCCCCACAUCAUCGCAGCCGUCGACUUGUCGUCGCUCAAGCGCCUUGCGACGCGCAUUCCCCGUGGGAUCGCCAGUGACGUCGCGCACAGCGGUCUCUGUCGCAACACCCCCCCUAUCAGCAUCGGCCGUCGGCCUGUCGUCCCGCUGCCGGGCGUCAGCGCGUGCCGCCAUGGAGGCGAUCGCGCAGCCAGCCGUUGCGCGCGCCACCGUGCUGAGAGCCGCCCCGCCGAGAUUCAGAGUCCCCGAGGCGGGCCAGUCGCACGCCAGCUGCGGGCGACGCCUCGCUGCGACGCUGCGAUGCGGCUGUGCGGGCGACGGCGGUCGACGCGUCGUCAGGAGACUGCCACGUGCCACAUUCCCAUUGGCGCGCGCUCCCCUUUCACAACACGCUUCAUGGGACGGUAACACUCGGAGCCACCUCAAUAACCCCCCCAGCACCAGCAGCAGCUACAGCGGUAGAGGGCGGGCAGGGAGGGCGCGAGCGAAGGGGGGGGGGAGGGGAGAGGGAGGUACGAUCGAACAGGGUAUGCGGGCUACGGGGAGUGGAACCCGGACGCCUCGACUGGGGAGGAAGGGGAGGAGGAGGAGGAGGGAGAGGAGGGAGAGGAGGGAGAGGAGGGAGGUGGGGAGAGUGCGGGCAUGCGCGCGGGGGAGGUGGAGGAGAGGGGGUGGCGGACGGCGGAGGAGGUGCGGCGGGAGGUGGAGGCGCGGAGGCGGGCGGAGGCAGAGGCGGAAGCAGUGCGCGCAGCAGUGGAGGAGUAUAGAGAGUCGGAGGAGUUUCUUAUAGCGGAUAUAAAGGAGUCGGCGAACCCCAACUAUCUGGGCGCGCACCAGUCGUACCCCUCCCCCUUCACCUACUUCCGCCCCGUCUGCUCGCGCCCCAACGAGGGGGAACGCUUCCCCCGCGCGCGCAACCUGUUGGUGAGCGAGGCGGACCCGCUGGAGCGCGUGCGCGCGCACAUGGCGCUGGCGGAGGGGCGCGAGUACGUGCGGGCGGACAGGGGGGAGGGCGGAGAGGGAAGCCGGGACGAGGAGGAGGAGGACGAGUGGGAGGAGGAGGAGGAAGAAGGGGAGGAGGAGGAUGAGGAGGACGAGGAGAGGGACGAGGAGGGGGAGGGGAUGGUGCACAGCGGGGGGCGCGGGCGGUUUUGGGAGGAGGAGGAGGACGAGGCGUGGGAGGCGGAGAGCGCUGCACUGAGGAGCCUGAGUGGGUGGGACCGAAUGAGAGCCGCCUGGGCGCUGGAAGACAAACAUGCCGCCGCCGCCGCAGCAGCAGCGGUAGAGGGGCAGGGGGGCGCGGAGGGGGAAGGGGAGGGCAGGGGGAGUUUGCAGGCAGUGGGGACGGGGGCAGGGGCGAGGGGGGAGGCGUUUGUGGGGGAGGUGGGGGCGAUGGAGGUGGUGGGCGACGAGGAGGUGUGGUGGAACUGGGCGAAGAACGAGGGCGACCAGCAGAUCUGGACCGCCUGGCAGAAGGAGGCCGCCACCACCGACGCGGCGAUGGCGCUGGCAGCAGCGGAGGCGGGCCACAUCAAGCUGCACGGCGACAAGCCCACCACGGUGGAGGCCGUGCUCGCCAGAGUGCGGCGCAAGCCCCUGGCGGACGAGCGCCUGGCGAAGGAGGAGGAGCUGCGGCAGCGGCUGGGCGACCUGGCGUACUACCAGGAGUGGGUGGCGGCGUGGCCACAUGACACGUCGCUCAAGGCCGUGCGGAGAGUGGCGAGGGAGACAGGGCGACCCAUGGAGCACCAGAUCCUGGACAUGCUCGCCAUGCAGACGCAGCGCGAGUACAACGCCAUGUGCGGGCGCGACAUCCGACUGCAGAAGGACCCCCUGGCGAUCAGAAUGGACAAGAAGCAAUGCAAGCGAGUGUGGGGCGGCGACCCGGUGUACCCCACGGUGAACUACGAGCAGGAGCCGGACCACGUGGUCAACUACCGCGGCCCCAACUUCCACGAGCCCAGCGAGGACCCCUUCAAUGUCGUGCGCCAGCAAGGGCGCGUGGUGACGCAGGAGCAGAUGGAGGCCAUCAUGGCGCGCGAGCAGGAGGAGGAGGAAGCGUUCCUGCAAGAGCUGGAGGAGGCUGGGGAGGAUGCCGUUGACAUUGGGGAGGAGGAGGAAGAGGAGGAGGAAGAGGAGGAUGAGGAGGAAGAGGAGGAUGAGGAAGAGGAAUCCGAGGAUGACGACUCAGACGAGGGGGGGAGGGCAGAGGCAUCAUCAUCAUCAUCGCACGUCCAUGCGCACGGGCAGGCAGGGAGCGAGGGGCGGGGGCGGAGGCCGGCGGAGAUUCUGGAGGAGGACGAGCAGACGGGCAUGCAGUGGGUGGCCGUGCCCACGCGCAUGGAGAAGGCGCCGGGGCGACUCAGCUAUGAGGAGGAGGCUGAGGAGGGCAUCAAUGAUGAGGAGGAUGAGACUGAUGUUGGUGGUACUCGAGGUGGUGAUGCUCCAAAGUAGAGGUGAAAUCUUUUGAGCUUUAUUUUGGCUUGUCGAGAUCACUGUUAACCUAUGUUAUGCUACUUUCUGCUGGAGAGAAGAUAUUUUACGAAGGAAAGAAAACGGAUGUCGUGUC